AUGUUGCUCUCCCCCGCCGUCAAGACAUCGUACCUCAACACCAUGGCUGGUGGCUCGCCCACCACGCCCAAGCGCAAGACCGAGGACGAGAUUGUCGACACUUCGCCUCUUUCGGGCAAGCGUGCUCGCCCCACCAUUCCUCUUCGAGGCUCCAGAUCCUCUAGCAUGUUUCAGCUGCAGCAACAGCAACAGCAGCAGCAGUCGCCGCUGCCAACGCCUGGCUCUCACUUCCAGCAGGACCCCUUCGCGAGCUCAUCCGACGUGACGCUCGACGACCUUACCACCCCCACCAACAACCACCAGCAGCAGCAGAACCAACAACGUGACAUCUUCACCCACUCUUCGGCCUCGACCAAGGGCAAAGGCGCCCAGGCCGCAGCCUCGUCCGUCUCGUUUACGAGCAACAAUCCUCAUUGGCUCAAAGUGGUCACCUCGUACGGCUACACGUUCAUCAAGUCGGACGAGCUUCAUCUGCUAGAAGGCAAUGCCGACGUGCAGAUGGUCAUUGAGCCCUCCAACCCGGCACACCAGAACGAGGUUCCCGCCUCUCCGCCCGCGCAGAUGAGGUUCCCGAUGGGCGUCGAGUUCCCACCCACACCCUCGCCUUCGGAUGACGGCAGCGGUGUCGCUGCGAACAGGUACUUUGAACAGCAGCAUGCGGCAGGCAAGCCGCUGUGGGAGCACGUCGAGGGCGACUUCGAGGCAGCGAGGGCACAACAAGCUCAGGCAGCAGCUGGCGGUCUCAACGAGAUGAUGAUGGACGAGUGGUGA